AACUUUGAAAUCUUCUAACCCUAAAUUCUCCUCCUCUCCUCCUCUCCUCCUCUCUUUUUUUAUUUUUAUUUUAUUUAAAUUUUUUUUGCGCUUUGAGAAGUCCUUCCCAGUUGUUGUAUUUCAAGCUCAUUCUUUCCUAUUUGUAUUUCGCCUCUGAUGCUCACGACUUUUCUUUCACAUUCUUCAUAACUCCCCGCCUUGCCAUAGUUUAUCGUCUAUGGGUUUUCUGUAAUCGAGAAGUUGAUUGUCUUUCUUCUGUGUAAUUACUGACUUCUGAGUCUGAUGAUUCACAGCCUUUUUAUCAUAGCAGCUCCAGAUCCAAGACCAAGAACAUCCACAGAUUGAAGUACAGUUGCUUUGGGGUUUGAUCUAUAUCUAUUGUCGUCAAAUAUCCCGUUGACAAUUCCUAUGAUACAGAAAAAAAUAACUUUUGCUGCAAAAGACACUGAUGUCUUGGAAUGGAAUGGAGACUUGCUUGCUGUGGGUGUCACAGAGAAAGAUGUGGUCAAGGAUGACAACAACAACUUCACCAAUCCACUUUUGCAAAAGUUGGAUGCACUCUUGGGUGGAUUGUUGGCCGAAGCUUCUUCAGAGGAAGAUUUCUGUGGAAAGUCAGGCCAAGCUAUUGUUCUUAGAGUUUCUGGUUUGAGCUUUAAGAGGGUGGGUUUAUUUGCGCUUGGCCAGUCAGCUUCACGUGCAGCAGCCUUUGUUGGUCUAGGUGAGGCCAUUGCAGCAGCAGCACAGGCAUCUCGAGCAGUUUCAGUUGCUUUUGCUCUUGCCUUCUCAGCGGACCUUUCGGAUGAAUGGAAGCCAGCCAUUGCCUCGUCCAUUGCAAUUGGAAUUGUCAACGGGAUAUUUAACGGUAGGGCAAGGAGGGACCGGAAGCGGUUUGAGGAUCGAGUGAAGGAAGAAGAUAAUGGUGGAAAUGUUGAUGAGAAGCAUGCGAAAGUGAUUGAAUACAAGUCCAAAGGAGACGUGGGGGAUGGAAAAGUACAGUUUGGAGGCACCACUGAUGAAAAAAGGUCACUGGGGAAUGUAAAGGAAAAUGAGAAGGCUUUGGUUGAACGUGGACAGUGCGAUGUUCCAAACUUGGUUCAUAAUAAACAGCCCAUUUUCGGAAUGACACCACCAAUUCCUUCUUUAUCUUUCGGAAAAGAAGAUGAAUAUUUUGUGGAGGAAGAUGGGUGGACUCAGAUUUUGUCCCAACUUCAAAUUAGUUCAAAGGAACAACCCUGCUCUUCUCUUUUCUUCAUUCUCUACCACUCGGGCUUCUUACAACACUCUCGUCUCUGAGAAUGAUUGAAGUUAUAUGGGGUUGAAAGCUGAGCAAUUGUGUAGAUAGCCAGACGAUCAUUGAAGGUUGAAGAUUGAAAAGACGUUUAGAAUUUUUCUUAUUUACGUCUUGUAUUAGGAUCUUUUUUCAUAUACUGUUGUAGAAUAUAAACACAAUAUUAAGUUUUCA